CACUUAUUAUGAGAAGAAUUCAUGAAAACGAAAGGUUUUUUGAAUAAUAGCAAGGCAAGUCUCAAAUAUUGAGAACACCGCUAUACGAAGGCAAGUUUCAACGGAUCAAUCUUGGCGUUCUAUGUUUUGAAGAUCAAAGUGAAGAUCAUGUGAUCUGAGCUUGACCGAGAGAAAAAAGUUGAGAUAUUAGUUGAUUUCCAUCGAAGCAUCCAAGUAGACCAAGUGUCUGGAUCAGCUCAAUCAAGAGUUCUAGACGUAGUCUUAUUUUCAAUUUCUUCUUUUGUAAUGGGUUUUGAGGUUUAGUUAUUGAUAGCUUCCUCAAUCUGGGUUGGUACGUGUGUAGUAACCCUUUAAUCAUAAAUUAAAGGUUAACACGUUUUACUAAUAUCAUAAAUGAGCUCUCAGCCCUAGGAAAUGAUAUUUCUGUUGAAUAUCAAGUAAGGAAAAUAAUGAGAAGUUUACCCUCUGCAUGGAAGCCUAAACCUAAAGCUAUAGAAGAAGCCAAAGAUCUAUCAACAAUGACUCUAGAAGAUUUGACAGGCUCACUCAUGACAUAUGAGUUAGGACUACAAGAAGAGCAAGAUGCUGAAAAUGUAAGAAGAGAAAGGGGAAUAGCUCUAAAAUCGCAAGGGGAGAAAGAGGUAUCCGAGAGUGAAUCUGAUGAUGAAAUGAGCAUGUUCAAAAAGCAGUUCGGGAAGAUGUACCGACACUUCAAAAGCAACAGGAACAAACAAGACCCCCCUCCAACUGAAGACCAAAUGAACGACGAGAAGAUGCUCCGCAAUAGGAAGCUGAAGGCAAAGGCUGCGCAAACCGCGCUGGCGAACACCAAGGCAGUCUGAUGUUGAAGCUCAAGCUUGCAUUCUCACCUUGCUCGGUGAAGUAAUCUAAAGGGAGACGUGGUUCGUGCUUCCUUUACCGUUUUAAACUAUAAACUAUGCUCAUGGAUAAUUUGUAAUAAGUACAUUUGUUUUGGGCCUGCGAGUCCACGAUUUGGCCAUAUGUGGCCCCUGAUUGAAUAUUGAAUAUUUCCGCGAUUCGUUCAAUCCAAAUAUGUGAUGUUGUUA